GGGGAGUCAAAAGGAAUGUGUGCCCAAAAGUAAAGAGCCUGUGUAUGCACUAUGUGGUACCAUAUUUUAAAGAUUAUAUAUGAUUUAUUUUUCAACAGUAGCGUCAAUGGGAAUGUUGGUCUGGGUGCCUUAUGCUCUAUGUGAUUAUUUUUUCUUUCAUUUUUUUUUUAUUUUGGUGAGCAUUUUCAUCCACAUACCUUCUGGCAUCUUAUGGUGACAUGAUUUACAGGCCUUGAUCCGUGUGUUUUAUAAUAAGUACACGUAGAUCCGGUUCUUUUCUCACGAUUUUUCGCAAUCCGGAUAAUUACAGUUUAUACAUUUUGGUUCCCUAUUUACAUAAAUCGAGAUCAUCGCGAGAUUCAUUGGCUUGGGAAGGUAGAACUUAAAACGAGCAAUUUAUUAUGACUAAUGUACCUUCAGGUGACAAAUGUUUGUGAUUAUCUGAAUGUGAUUAUGUUAUCUAACCAGCCUAGAGAUGAAUUCUCUUCGAAAAUGGUUCAACAGACCAAAGAAAAGUGACAGCUCACUGUUAGCCCAGUUUUUCUUCGCUGAUGAAGAGCUCAAUGAAGUGGCAGCAGAGUUGGACAGCUUCGAUGGAAGGAAGGAUCCGGAGAGAUGUACCACACUAGUAAACAAGCUGCGAGCUUGUCAGGACAAGGUUUUAGGGGUGGUACAGAAAAUCAUUGAUGAAACCAUUGGAAACCAAAAGGCAAGCAGAGACUUCAGGGUGAAGUUCCCAGACGAUGUUUUACAGGAAAACUUAUCUGGACAGCUGUGGUUUGGGGCAGAGUGCCUGGCGGCUGGGUCCAGCAUAAUGAAUCGGGAAAUAGAGAGUGCAUCUAUGAGACCCCUGGCCAGAGCUCUGACCAAGAACCUGGACAGUCUUCGGACUUUACUGAGAGAGCAGUGCCUAAGGAACCAACCCAUUGACUCAGAUAGGAUUAAAGAGUCAUUAACCAUAUUUGACAAAUUGUUUGCUGAAUUUGAAUUAAGCUAUGUGAGCACUAUGGUUCCUGUAAAGACAAUGAAGGAAUACGAUCUUACUCAGGAAGUUACUGUUCUCUUCUCAGAAACUGUACAAAGAGCUUUGAAAAAAGGCCAUAUAGAACAAGACACGAUUGAUGAUUAUGACCCGGCCCUUAUGUUCACAAUACCGAGACUGGCCAUUGUUUGUGGAUUACUGGUGUUUCCUGAAGGGCCCCUGAACCCUGGUUUAGAACCUUCCAACAUAUCUGAAAUGUUUAGACCAUUUCAAACUCUACUACAGAAAAUCAGGGAACUUCUUUACACAUUGAGUGAGAAAGAAUUACAUGCUUUGGAGGGUGCUUUGUGUAGUGCCGAAGAACCAGAUAAAAUUCUCUCUUCACCGGAGCAGAAGGAUGAAUCUUCACAGGUGGAUCCAGGAUUUGAGGAGGAGUCUGACCUUAGUACAUCCAGAACCCUGACAGAAAUCACUCGUCUGGAGCAGGAAAUGACCCAGAUCUCUGACAUUUCUGAUGACCUUGUAACCCCCAGUCAGGAAGGGCCUAAUCUGCCACACCUUCCCGUGGAGGACUACUCUCCAUCCAGUACGCUUGUUGAUUCUUUAGAUGGUCAAGAAUCUCUGAACUCAAGUCUUAACAAGUCGGAGAGUCGAGAUUCUGGCCUACAGAGUGAGAAUGUCAGUACGUCAGACACAGUUAUGUGUGAUGCUGGUACUAUAAGCAUGACCUCCGAUUCCACUGUCAUUUGUUCAGAAACUCCCAGUGCAGAUUCUGAUUUAAAAAAUCAUGACGUACAGGCUCUCUGUAGAGACAUUAUUGGGGACCUAGUGAAUCAAGUAACUGAUAGGCGGCCCCCCUACAGUAGACAAGGUAGCCAGCAAUACAACUUAAACCUGGAAAUUCCGCGGAUCUCUUCAUCUGCCAACAGUUCACCCUCCACUUCUUCUCAUUCUUCAGCCAGUUCUGUUGUUUUUUGUGAUAAACCACCCCAAACCAGCGUAGACCAAUCACACUGCAGUUCUGAUAUCCACCCAUCACACAGCACUGUAGAAAACAAAGAAGCCCAUCAUGUCUGUGAUAAUGCCGGUAACACAAAUCAUGUGAUAGACACCACCGUAUGUGAUCAAUCGGAUGACCCCUCAGACCCUCGUACUUCUACUUAUGAUUAUUCACAUAGAUUACCAAAUGAUAGUGUAACUGACUCCACCAAAACAAAAUCAGAUGGAACGAACAAAGGUGCAAACAAUACUGAGGAGCCUAGCUUACAGCAACACCCUCGUAUACAGAGAAUCAGAUACACAACUGACAGCGUGAGUUCCAGCUUUUCCAGUUGCCAUAGUAAUACUUAUGAUGCAGAGUGGGAUAGAGAAAGUGAUGAGAGUUGUGAGACAAGCUCCUACAAUUCUGAGAGUAAUGAUGAUGAAGAGAUAACUUUGGCAGUUCAAGCUGCGGAACUUGCAUCCCGUAAAGAGGCCCGAGCCAGGUUUAGAAGCAGCAGUGACCUUAUUCAUAGACUAUUUGUAUGCAUAUCAGGUGUGGCAGAUCAGUUGCAGACCAACUAUGCAGGUGAUUUAAGAAACAUCCUCAAGUGUGUGUUUGACAUGAACUGUUCUGACCCCGUCAUAGUACUAGAUGAAAAUCCCAAGAGGAAAUUUGACAGACAUCCCAGCUUUAUGGCACGUAGAACUAACAGAUACGGUCAUCGUUCCACAUCAAACAGACCUAGAGACCCUCCACAAUGGGUUCCUGACGAUCAGAUGGAGAAGUGUAUGUCUUGUGAGAUUCCGUUUAACUUUGUGAGACGACGUCACCACUGCAGGAGCUGUGGAAAGAUAUACUGUGGUAGAUGCUCCUCCAACUUUGUUCCUCUGCCCCAUUUUGGAUACAUCAACCCGGUCCGCGUGUGUAAUCACUGCUUCCUGUUCCAGGUCACACCGUUUACCGUCAACGAAUGAAAAGCCACCCUAUAUUUUCAAACCAUCCCUGCGAAUUUUAUUCAUGUAUAUUUUGGAAAGUUCUUUUACGUAGCUGUAAGCCAAAUUUUUAUGUGUUACUUUAACUCAUUGUGCUUAGAAACAAAACUUGAUGUUGGUAUUAAACAGUGGAUGAUAUACUAUUUCUUUGAUUUCUGCAUUAGCAGUGAGUAUGGCAAAACUCACUUUCAGAUUGACUAAUUCAGAUUGAUUAAUUCAAUACCAAGACAUGCACAGCAUAUGAAAUAGGAGUGUAUGUACUUAGAAAGGUUUGCUUUACUUCUAGGUUUUUUAAGUUUUAUCUCGUGACAUGUAUGCUGUCUGAAUGCACCUAAAAAUACAUGUACAUUUAAUUUGAGUUCUGAAUGACAGAAUUUGGUUUUUUCUCUCUCUGUGUACAGAUAGUAUAAUAAAUGCAUGAUAAUGUAACAUCUUAGGUUAAAAUUAAAAAAAAUUGUUUGUUUGCCUUCGUCUGAUUUUAGCACAUUUUUAUCAUAAUUUCUUUUGACUGAUUUCAUUGGGAAUUUUUUAGGUAUCUGAGUCAUAAUUUACUGUUUUAGAGCUUUCUUGAAGUAAUUAUAAUUUCAAGGAAAAAAGUUUUGCUCUCCUACCUACCUACCCAUAUUUCGAAUAUAGUAACGGAGUUGAGAGAGGGCAAACAAUAUUUUUUAUGGUGGCCUUACUUCAUGUAUUUUAGUAGGUAAUGUCAAUUUCACCUCGUAAGUGUCCAGCUUUCUAUUACAGUGUGAUACGUAAUAUUAUUAAUCUGUUAUGGAAACCAUAUAUAUGUAUAUAUACUAUUGUGACAGCAAAGUUGUAAUAUUUUAUUAAUUUUUUUUUUAUUGUUUUAUGUUAUGAUUAAGCCAAUUGGUUUGAUAUUUCUAUUUUCUUAUUUCUUUGAGACCUUGUUGUGUUAUAAUUAAGUCAAUGGGUUUGACAUUUCUGUUUUCUUUUUUUCUUGAGACCACUGUUCUUGAUGCAAGUUAUUAGAUAAGUCAUACCUUUAUUAUCCAUGAUUUGUCAACAACAAUAAUGUUUGUAAAAGUAAUACAAAGACACAAAUAAUGGCAUUUGACAUUGCUUUGAUCAAUAAUGGGUUUUCUUAAAAAUUCCCGAUUUAGUCUUAUUUACACCGAUAUUCUCAACUUUAAGGGCCCUGGUCCCAGACCCCAAGUAUGGGAUUAAAAAAGAAACAACUUUAAAAAAUGUAAACCCCUGUAAAACAAUUUUGCUGAAUUAAUUUCCUUUAUAGUAAUUAGUGAAAUGAUAAUCGUAUUUGGCAAUGAGAAUGUAAACAGAUAUUGACGCUAUAUACCGGUAUUUAGAACACGUACAGGUAUAAAAUGGGAAUUGUACAGAUAUAAAGCGGGAAGCACACGUACGUUGAUUGACUAUUAUUUUUUAUUUUGUACCAUGAGUUCAUCUCGCUGUUAUUCUACCUCAGGAUGGAUACCAUGGGGAUUUUAGGAUACUUAAGACAUUUUCAGUCCGAGUGUAAUGAAAGAACACUUGGAGCAUUCUGGGUCUGGUUACAUUAUGAAAGGCAUUUAUUUUGUUCUAUUCCUUGUGUUUCACUAGACUGUUGCUGCAGAGCUACAGACAGAGAUGGUGUAUGAAAGUGUGAUAAAAUAGUGGAUACAUUAAAUGAUGUAUUGAUGAAUUCAUCACAAGUGCAAUUACCUAGCAAAAAAUGCAACUUAUUUACUUACCACAUCUGUAUAUGAAAUUCCUUUUCUUGUAAAGAAUGGCAUUGCAAGCACUUUGUAUUGAAGUGUUUUUUUUCUAAUCGUAUACAUAUAUGUCUGCCAGUAACAUGAGCAAAUAUGUGUAACUAACAAAAUAUGGUUGUAUUAUUUAGUAUUCAAGAGGUUGUAUUUUUAUUGUAAUUUUGGAUAGCUUAACAUGACACAAUGAGAAUGUAAUGCAUUUAAACUGAAUAUUUUGUGAGCAUAUGCUUGCAUGUAUUGUCUUUUUGCUGUCUUUGUGAACAAAAUUUUUUGGUUCAUAUCAAACAAGUAUCUGUACAUUGUGUAUGUAUGUGAAACAUACUAGAACAUCAUGGAAAUUAAUGGAAUGUGUGAUGUCUGCGUCUGAAAUAAGUUUUUCCCCGCUGAACUAUUCUGAUUGUAAUUCAAACCUUGUUAUUUCAUAUGUACUAUGAUCUGAUGAUACUGUUUAAUCUUUGAAAAGUAUUAACUUGCAUUGACUUUGAAAUGUCAGGGUGAUAAUGUUUUGAUGUUAAAACGGUUUAAAUUAAAUUAAAAUUAUGAUAUUCUGUUUAGGUGGAAGUGCAUACGUAUGUAGCAUGUCUUAACCUGUACACCCAUUUAAUUUGGUUAUUAUAUAUAUUCAUCAUUUGAUCUUGAACUUGUAAGAAGCUGUAUACUGAUUUGUGAAAAUAUUGAGCUCGAGUUUUUCUGCGAUUGUACUGCAUAAGUUUUUAAUCAAACUUGUAAAAUUAUAUAAUGAAUAAAAAUCUUCACACUUGUGAAAAGAGGUUGUAGAA